CCACUCUGCUGCGCACUCUCUUUUUCGUCUUCCUUGACCCCUCACUGAGACCAUAGCCUCCUCUGCCUUCCGCUUCUAACAGAGUCACUCACUACUUAAGCUUCCACCCAGAAUAGCUCAAGUCUUCGCCUUUCAUGGCGUCCCAUUUCUCUCCUGCGACUCCUGCACGGUCCAUCCUCCAACCCAAGCUAAACCCUCCCAAAGCCCUCCUCUCCAUUCGAGAUUCUUAUGGCGGUGCACGGGCUUGGAAGAAAUGCCAGCCCAGUACUGUUAAUGUGUGCUCAUGGAGCUCAGCUGCUAGUUAUGUGACACCUCCGGGAGGCGCUGCUAAGUUUUCUGGCAAUCCCAUUGUUGUGAAGAAGCAAUUGUUGCAAAAGAGAGCUGGAACGGUAAGGGCAGCUACUAUUGAAGAAAUAGAAGCGGAGAAGUCUGUGAUCGAAAAAGAUGCUAAAGGCAGGAUGGAAAAGACUAUUGAAACGGUACGAUCCAAUUUCAAUUCUAUUAGGACAGGGAGGGCAAGCCCAGCCAUGCUGGACAAGAUUGAGGUUGACUAUUAUGGAAGUCCAGUUGGCUUGAAGAGCCUUGCUCAAAUUAGUUCUCCUGAUGGAACUUCCCUAUUGAUUUCGCCAUACGAUAAAUCCAGCUUAAAGUCUAUUGAGAAGGCCAUAGUUGCCUCUGAUCUUGGCAUGACUCCAAAUAAUGAUGGAGAAGUGAUACGGCUGACCCUGCCUCAACUCACAUCAGAUAGACGGAAGGAAUUGACUAAAGUUGUAUCAAAACAAGCUGAAGAAGGGAAGGUAGCAUUGAGGAACAUAAGAAGGGAUACUUUAAAAGCUUAUGAAAAACUUCAGAAGGAAAAGAAGCUCUCUGAGGAUACUCUCAAGGACUUUUCAAGUGAUUUGCAGAAAUGGACAGAUGAGUAUGUGAAGAAGCUUGAUACCAUAUCCAAACAGAAAGAGAAGGAAUUGCUGAAGGUUUAGGGUUUGUUUAUGUUCAUGCACCAAUGUAAAUGGUUGAGCUUCAGUUUUCGAACUUUUAUAGUUCCCCUCUUUUGUGUUGAUAACUUGCAAUGUUGUUUAUACCCACUUCAUGAAAAUACCUUUUGAAUGAACCACACAUUUUAUUUCAAGGUAAAAAAACAAAAACAAAAAAACAAUUGAGCCAUGUUCAAUUUUAUGGCUUUCAA